UUAUAAGAUGACUCUCACAUGGUUGGAGUAUAGGCAAGAUAAGGAAGACCGAACAAACGUACUAAAAGGUAGGGGAUUCAGUCUUGUGGCCACGUGCUUGAUGAACGCACGCCCCGCACCGGCCGGUGUGCAUUAAUAAUAAUUUUAAUUAUAUUUAUUGCCCUUUAUAUUUUUGCAUAUAUAAAUAUACAAUAUAUCAAAAAUCAAAAAAUGAUUAAUUAUAUUUAAAAAAAAAAAAAACUUGUUUGAAUUAGUGAUAAUAAUAACAAUGCAUAUUUAUUUAAUAAUUUAUGUGUGUCAUAUUUUAUUAGUGUCAAUCAGACUUGGAUAAAGUGAAUUGAAUUAUAUCAACGGAUUUUUUUAAUUAUAUAAUUAUUAUUAUAUAUAGAUAAUCGAUAAACCUAUCAACACUGAGAGAAUUGAAAAAGAAGAAAAUAAAUUUGGUUUAAUUAAAAAUAAAAAAAACAAACAACAACAACUAAAAUGGAAAAUAAUUUGGCUCGUAAAAGUGGUGUACGGAAGGGCACUUUGUUGCCCAAUUUCAAGUAGAUUAAUUGGUCCGAAUGGACGUCGGUGAAUUAUCGAAUGCAGCUGGUUUGGCGAGGAGUAGAACAGCCGUUCUCGGUACGGCAACAAGUACCGGGAAUUUUAUUAUUAAUAAUAAUAACAUUACAAAUAAUCAACAAAAUAACUUGACAAAUUCAUAUAUCAAUUCUGGAUGGUGGACAUCAGCAUCAACUCUUGUCACAACUCCCUCAAAUACAGACGUGAUGAAUCAGUUGUGCAGAGUAUGCGGCGAGCCAGCUGCAGGUUUUCACUUUGGUGCAUUCACGUGUGAGGGUUGCAAGUCAUUCUUUGGUCGUACAUACAACAAUCUUGGAAGUAUAUCAGAAUGUAAAAAUGGUGGUGUAUGUAUUAUCAAUAAAAAAAAUAGAACAGCAUGUAAAGCAUGUAGAUUACGUAAAUGUAUUGGAGUUGGUAUGUCAAAAUCAGGAUCAAGAUAUGGUAGAAGAUCAAAUUGGUUUAAAAUACAUUGUCUGCUACAAGAACAAUCACAUCAAGCACAACAAGCACGUUUAAAAAAUCAUUCAAAUAAUAAUAAAUUACCAUUUGAUAAAAUUUUUAAUUCACAUGAUACUCCAAAUAAUAACAACAACAAUAUCAACAUCAACAACAACAACACCAACAAUAAUAGUUUAGCAACAGCAUCAGGAUUAAAUACUGUAUCAAUGCAACAAUCAAGAUUAUACAAUAAAGAUGAUAAUAAUGAAAUUGAUACAUCAAGAACAUCAUUAUUACAUAAUGAUAUAUUAUCACAUGAUUUAAUUAGGCCUGAAUUAACAAGAUUUACUGGAUGGCGUGCACCACCAUUUUUUCAUCCAGCUAUUAAUCCAAUGCAACUAUUAAAUACACCAUUUUUUCCAUUUCAACAAAGAUUUGUUGUACCAUUUGUCAAUCAAACUGGUAUACAAAUACCAAUUACAAGUCCAUCAAGUUCAUCUAGUGAUAGUAUUACACCAAGAUCAACACCAUCACCAAAACAAUCUCUUAAUAACAAUAAUAAUAGAAGUAAUAAUAAUAAUAUUAGUAAUAAUAAUAAUAAUGAUGAUGAUGAUGAAGAUGAUGAGAAUAAUGAAGAUAAUAAUGAUGAGGACAACGACGAUGAAGACGAAGAAGAUAAUGAUGAUAAUAAUUUAUUAAAAUCAAAAAUUACAACAGAUAUAAAUGGCAAAAGUAUUGCAUAUUUACGUUCACUUGGUCCAGAACAAGAUGAGCCAAUGGAUCUCAGUGCAAAAUCAUGUGAAAUAAAUGAUAAUAGUAUAGGUAAUAAUGAUAAUGAAAAUAUUAAUGAUAUUUAUAUUGAAAAAAUAGAAGAAGAUAUUGAUAGUAAUGAUGAAAUUGAAAAAGAAAUUGGUCCACCUUUAGAUUUAACGUGGAAAACAUGACACACAUAUAAUAUGUUAGUUUAAUAAAAUAAUAAUAUUUAUAUUUAUAAGUAAAAAUAGAAAAAAAAAGAAAAAAGAUAUUUAUAUGUUGGUGAGGUUACAUGGAGAGUUGACUCUAACGAUUAGAAAUAAUUUUUAUGUGUCAGGUGUUUCGAUCGAUAGUCAAAUGUAUAAGAUCAAUUGCUUGAUAUGUAAAACACACGACGUUUAUUUUUUAAAUAUUGUACAAUAGUGUUAAAAAAAAAAAAAAGUGCGUUAAAAUAUUGCAUGUACGUAUGUAUAAAAAAAAAAAUACUUUUAUUUUAUCAUCAUCACUCACGUGCUCAAGUGAUUAGUAUUUUAAUAUUUUUUUUUUUUAAUGUUAUUUACAAGUGAGUGCAAUUUUUUUAUAAUGUCAAUUAUAAUGCCACGAGAAUUAAUUUUUUCAUCGUAUUUAUUGCUCAAGUUAUGGCAAGAUGAAUUCAAGUUAAUAUAAAUAAAAUAAAUAUAUGUUUAAAUUAAUAUGUCAUUAGCGAGUUUUUUUUUUUUUAAAUUAAUUUAAUAAUAAAUAUAUUUUGUAUUUAAAAAAAAAAGUACUGUCAUGUAGUAGGAAAUAUUAUAAUUAUUUUGUAAAUAUAUAAUAAAAGUUAUUUUAUAUAAAAAUAUAAAUAAAAGAAAUAUAUUUAAAUCAAA